CCAACUGUGGAUUACAACUGCAUAGAGAGAAGGACGAUAUCGACAGUUUAAAAGCCUUUUGUCGACAUUCUUCUAUGUGGACUUGGAUUAAUUGAUUGAGAAAUAUGCAUUCUUUCAGGAUGGCUCGCACGGUUAAAUGGCAAGUACGGGCCUUCAUCCUUGUUUUUCUCAUCGACGCGACAAUUUGCCAAAUCCGCUACUCUGUUCCAGAGGAAAUGAGGAAGGGCUCGUUUGUGGGAAAUGUCGCUGAAGAUUUAGGUAUCGACGCUAAAAGACUGAAAUCAGGCGGUGCCCGAAUUGUUAUCAGUGACAGCAGUGAGUAUAUUAGGCUGGAUGUAGACAAAGGAAAUCUGGUCGUGGGAGAGAGAAUAGAUAGAGAGCAGCUUUGUGGACAGACAUCGCCUUGCAGCUUGAAUUUGGAAAUGAUUAUGACAAAUCCAAUUCAACUGCAUAGCGUUGUUGUGGAAGUACUGGAUGUUAAUGAUAAUGCCCCUGCGUUUCAGGAGAAGGAAAUGCAUUUAGAAAUCCUGGAAUCAGCUCUUCCAGGAACCGAAAUAUUGCAAGUGAGUGCAACAGACCCCGAUGUUGGCAUUAACGCUUUACACGGCUAUACAAUACACCCCAAAACACAUUUUAAUAUAAAGGUCUCGUCCAGCCCAAAUGGUCAUAAAUAUGCACAGCUUUAUCUUUCUGAACCUUUAGAUAGAGAGAAAGAAGGAAAGCUGCUCCUCACGCUAACUGCUGUGGACGGAGGUGAACCACAGCGUUCAGGCACCUUAAAAAUACACGUAACUGUGCGAGACACAAACGACAAUGCUCCCGUAUUCAUGCAAUCAAUUUUCAAGGCUUCUGUUAAAGAAAAUGUCCCAGGAGGAACGUUAGUAGUGAGCUUGAGCGCAACAGAUGCAGAUGAAGGGAUAAAUGGCCAUGUUACUUAUCAUUUUAAUCGAAUGUCCGGUAAUGUUGCCGAACUAUUUCAUCUGGACGAAAAUACCGGCGAUUUAACAGUAACUGGUAUAAUUGAUUAUGAAGAGAAUAAAUUAUAUGAGAUUGGGGUACAGGCAAAAGAUCAAGGUGGACAGAGCACAUCAACAAAUGUGAUAAUUGAGGUUAUAGACGUCAAUGACAAUCCUCCUUUAAUAACACUAACCUCGUUUUCUAAUGCUAUUGCCGAGAAUUCACCUAGUGGGACUACCGUGGCUAUCAUAAACGUCAAAGAUCUGGAUUCAGGCAAAAAUGGAAAAGUAGACUGCUCAGUAAACAGCAAUAUUCCGUUCGCAAUUCAUUCAUCUCUAAAAAAUUAUUAUACUCUGGUCACAAACGGUGUGCUCGACAGGGAGCGUAAUCCUGUUUAUAAUAUCACUUUCUCGGCAGUGGAUGAAGGGAGCCCACCCCUCUCAACAAACAAGACAAUAACACUUAGAAUAGCAGACGUAAAUGAUAAUGCCCCGAUAUUUGAACAGAGUUAUUAUGAGGCUUCUGUUAUGGAGAAUAACUCACCGGGAUUGUCUGUGUUUUCCGUUAAAGCACGCGAUUCCGACUCAGGACAGAACGCACGCGUGUCUUACCUGCUUAUUGAUACCGAGUUAAAUGGUAGUCCUAUAUCUACUUACAUAUCAGUAAACGCAGAAAGCGGAGUUAUACAGGCACUACGAUCAUUCGACUAUGAACAAAUUAAAACUAUACACAUUUUUGUAAAAGGACAGGAUGGGGGUUCCCCUCCUUUAAGCAGCAAUACCACAGUUAGAAUAAAUAUUGAAGACCAGAACGACAACUCCCCUCAGGUUCUGUACCCAGUCCAGACUGGUGGAUCUCUGGUGGCUGAAAUGGUGCCUCGUUCAGCAGAUGUGGGCUAUCUGGUGACUAAAGUGGUGGCUGUUGAUGUGGACUCUGGACAGAAUGCCUGGCUCUCCUAUAAACUGCAGAAAGCCACAGACAGGGCGCUGUUUGAAGUGGGCUUACAGAAUGGAGAAAUCAGAACUAUCCGCCAAGUCACUGAUAAAGAUGCUGUCAAACAAAGACUGACUGUUAUAGUGGAGGACAACGGGCAGCCCUCUCGUUCAGCUACAGUCAUUGUUAACGUGGCGGUGGCGGACAGCUUCCCUGAAGUGCUGUCGGAGUUCACUGAGUUGACACACGACAAGGAGUACAAUGACAACCUGACUUUUUACUUAGUCUUGGCUCUGGCUGUAGUUUCCUUCCUCUUCAUCACGUGUUUAGUGGUUAUUAUAUCAGUCAAAAUCUACAGGUGGAGACAGUCUCGCAUCCUGUAUCACUCCAACCUCCCUGUUAUUCCAUAUUAUCCACCACGUUACUCAGACACUUUGGGGACAGGGACUCUGCCACAUGUGUACAAUUACGAGGUGUGCAGGACGACUGACUCCAGAAAGAGUGACUGUAAGUUCGGCAGAGCUGGUAGUCAGAACGUGCUAAUAAUGGACCCCAGUUCUACAGGAACGAUGCAGCGGAUACAGAGUGAAAAGAGCAUCCUGGAUGAACCAGACUCUCCUCUUGAGGUGAGGACUUUGACUUAA